AUGUCGUCGCCCUCCGGAUCAUCUCAAGGCGGCAAGCGCAAGAGAAAUUCGCUUCGCGUCGAAUCCACAAACGACUUUGGUGAGAAUGGUAUCCAGACAUCCUCGCGUGAUGCUUCAGGCGAGGAGGGUGAUACCACUGCUGCUGAGUCGGGACGUCUUCACGCCCGCGGCUCAGCUCCAAUUCCUAAGAGGCAGCGCUCUAGCUCGAACCGUGAUCACACCAUUGACCCUGGUGAGCCUAGCGACACCACCGAAGCCAGCAUCGACAUUGCUGAGCGAGUUGGUCGCAAAGGACGUCCAUCUUUGAAGGAGCUCGAUGAAGAGGAGCAACGCAGAAUUGAGGCUAUGCCCCCUCCUCCCAUUGGCAACCUACAAGAUCCUGCUGGUGGCUACAAGACCAACCCUCCCCCUGUUGGACGACCUGUCCGUGUCUACGCUGAUGGUGUCUUCGAUCUCUUCCACUUGGGUCACAUGCGACAACUCGAGCAGGCCAAGAAAGCUUUCCCCGACACAACGCUGGUCGUCGGCGUCACAGGCGAUCAUGAAACACACAAGCGCAAGGGUUUGACUGUCAUGUCUGCUGCUGAGCGUGCCGAGACUCUCCGUCACUGCAAAUGGGUUGAUGAGGUUAUCGAAGACUGCCCAUGGGUCGUCACUCCCGAGUUCCUCGACGCGAACAAGCUCGACUACGUUGCCCACGACGAUCUUCCCUACGGUGCUGACGAAGGCGACGAUAUUUACCAGCCCAUCAAGGCCGCUGGCAAAUUCCUUGUUACCCAGCGUACAGAGGGCGUCAGCACAACUGGCCUCAUUACAAGAAUCGUGCGCGACUACGAGAAGUACAUUGCCAGACAGUUCAAGCGCGGUACGUCCCGCCAGGAACUUAACGUCAGCUGGCUCAAGAAGAACGAACUGGACCUCAAACGUCACGUCCAGGACCUGCGAGAGAACAUCACAAACAACUGGUCCACUACUGGCCAAGAACUCGGCCGCGAGCUGAAGCAGUUCUGGCCUGUCAGCCGCCCUCAAAGCCCUGCCCGAUUUAACAGUUCGGGCACGGCCGAGGGACUUCGUUCACCUACGACCCCAGGUACUUCUGGUACACCCAAGGAGUUUAUCACUGGAUACGCCCUCGGCCUUGUUGGUGGUGUUCGAGGAUGGAUGACCAAGAGCCGAGUGAAUGUCGCUGAUAGCAGCCGAGGUCCCAGCGAUGAUGAGUCUGAAGAGAGCGAUGCCCACGCCAAGUCACCAAAGGAAUCAUCAAACACCCCCACUGCAGCGGCUUCCUCCAAGCUAUAA